AUGAUGGAUACUUUGAACCGCCAGCUAUCUUUGAUGAGCGGUGACGGUCUCCACAACCUGCCUGCGCCCAUGAAGGCGUACAUAAAUGAAAAAGGAUUGAAGAUACCACUUGACAAUUCUCCAUUGCAGAUUUUUGUCAAAGCCAAGAAGAAAAUCAAUGAUAUUUUUGGAGAAAUUGAGGAAUAUGUCAAGGAUACAGUGGAAUAUAUGCAUGAAAUUGAAAAGGAUGAGAAUAUAGUAAAUGGUGAUCAAGUUAAGGAAACAAAGGAAUUUGUGGGCAAAGUCCACAGCAUCAGGGAUGUCCUGUGCAGGGAUCACAUGAAAGUUGCCUUCUUUGGAAGAACAUCCAAUGGAAAGAGUACAGUUAUAAAUGCCAUGUUGAGGGACAAAAUUCUUCCAAGUGGCAUUGGUCAUACCACCAACUGUUUCUUACAAGUGGAAGGCGCCAACACGGAGGAGCCCUACGUGGUCCUCGAAGGCUCCGACGACCGUUGCGCCAUCGAAUCGGUGGGCCAGCUGGCGCACGCGCUGUGCAAAGAGAAGCUCAGCGAAUCGUCGCUGGUGAAGAUCUUCUGGCCGAAGAGCAGGUGCGGCCUGCUGCGGGACGACGUGGUGUUCGUGGACUCGCCCGGCGUGGACGUCACGCCGAAUCUGGACGAGUGGAUCGACAAGCACUGCCUCGACGCCGACGUGUUCGUGCUGGUCGCCAACGCUGAGUCGACCCUCAUGGUGACCGAGAAAAACUUUUUUCACAAAGUUUCGACAAAACUGUCAAAACCGAAUAUAUUCAUAUUAAAUAACAGAUGGGAUGCUUCAGCUUCUGAACCUGAAUUUUUCGAUCAGGUCAGGAAACAGCAUCAAGAAAGGGCCCUAGACUUCCUUGUCAAAGAACUCAAGGUCUGUACACAGAAAGAGGCGGAUGAAAGAAUCUUCUUCACGUCUGCCAAAGAAGUGUUGCAGACUAGAAUGCACGACACGAAAAAUACUCCUCUUCCUGUCACUGAUGGUUUUCAAACUAGGUUGUUCGAAUUCCAAGAUUUCGAGAAGAAAUUCGAAGAGUGCAUCUCAAUUUCAGCCGUCAAAACCAAAUUCGAACAGCACUCGCAGAGGGGGAAGUUCAUAGCAAAUCAACUUCGAGACAUUUUGGAAGGCAUAUACAACGACUCGUUGAGAUUGAAAGAGGAGAAAUUGAAGCAGCGUAAAGAGUUGACCGAUAAAAUCAACUAUACUGAACAGCAACUCAUGAUCAUCACACAGGAAAUGAAGAAGAAGAUCCAUAAUAUGGUGGAAGAUGUAGAACACAGAGUCUCCAAAGCCCUGAACGAAGAGAUUCGCCGCCUGAGCACGCUCGUCGACGAGUUCAACCUGCCCUUCCACUCGGACUCUUUGGUCCUCAACGUGUACAAGAAGGAGCUGCACCUGCACGUGGAGACGGGGCUCGGGUCGAAUCUGCGCGCCCGACUGUCGACUGCGCUCGCCCUCAACAUGGAGGCCAGCCAGCGGGAGAUGACGGAAAGGAUGGAGACGCUGAUACCGGAUAACCGCAGAGUGGUGAACAAUGUGGUGGUGCAAAGGAAGCAACCGUUCGAGAUACUGUAUAGGCUGAAUUGUGAUAAUCUGUGUGCCGAUUUUCACGAGGAUUUAGAAUUCAGAUUCUCGUGGGGCAUAACCACCCUCAUCCAGCGGUACGCAGGCUCCGGCGCCAGCUUCCUCGCCCUGAAAACCGAACGCGACGACCCGCACCGCGGCGCCGUGAUGCCCACGACGCCGACCGACGCUAUGGACGGCCGCCUGGCUUUCCGCCCGUCGGUGGCGAUCGACGAUUGGUCGCUGCUGUCCCGGCUGGCCAUCAUGGGCGCCUCGUCUCAGGGCACGAUGGGGUGCAUGCUGGUGGCCGGGUUCUUGUUCAAGACGAUCGGGUGGCGGGUGGUCGCCGUUACAGGCGCAAUUUACAGCUGCCUCUACCUGUACGAGCGCCUCACGUGGACCAACAAGGCGAAAGAGCGUUCCUUCAAAAAGCAGUACGUGCAGCACGCGACGCGCAAACUACGCAUGAUCGUCGACUUGACGUCGGCCAAUUGCAGCCACCAGGUGCAGCAGGAGCUGAGCGGAACGUUCGCGCGCCUCUGCCACCUCGUCGACGAGGCCACCAGCGAGAUGGACAAGCAGCUGCGCGGGUUGGAGGGAGAGGUGGGGGGACUGGAGAGAGCGGGGGGCAAGGCGAAGGUGCUGCGCAACAAGGCGAAUUAUCUGGUGCACGAGCUGGAGCUGUUCGAGGACGCGUAUCUGAAGUUGCAGCACCGCUAGGAGGUCGGUGA